AUGGGAGGUGCAAUUAAAACUUUGGCACUAUAUAAACGUAAAAUUUCAUGGAACAGUUCCAAAAUCCCCUUCUUUUCCCAAAAGGUCCGAGAGUCAUCUCCAGCUAUGACGAUCGUCAGUACCAAAGUUGCGGUACUUUUCCUGCUACUAGUUUGUAUAAUCCUUCAAUUAGCACACCGAGUCAAGUGCAAAAGUGUCAACCAGGAACGCACGUUGUCCCGCGAAAAAUCCCCGCAAGAUGGUGACGUCGGCGAUGAGUCCGGUAGCUUCGAGGUGUUCAGCGAGGAUAGAUCCGAAGGGUCGCCUACCAAAUCGGAGAAGAACAUUGAAGUCCGGGGCGUUCUGAAGGGUGUCUUUGGUGCAGGGAACGGCGGGGCUCGCAGCGGCGGCGAGGGUUGGGAUCAGAGGAGACGUGAGGGAGGUGGUGGCAGGGAUUAUGGUUACGAUGACCGACGGCGUCGUCCAAACGAUCGUCGGAACGAGCCGUGCUUGGUGGUGAGGGAGGAGGAUGGUCACCAUCAUCAUCAUAAUAGACACCAUGAUGGGUGAAGGAAGAAUUGUCGUAAUGAGAGCUCACGGUGAGAACUGAGGUUUACAAUGUAUUAUCCCGUUUUAGGUUAUAUAUUGUGGUAAUAAAAAACAUUGAAUAAAAGUUG